CUUGAAAUCCGAGGGAGAGGAGCGAGCCGCCAUUUUCCUAGCGUCGCUCCUCCUGAAACAACAACAAUAAAAAACGGAUUAAUCGACAAAAUAUCAUUUAAUCAAAGCCGAGAGGGUGCUUUUAAGCAAAAGAGGAGACAUUGCACGUAAACAUCGUUCGGGACGGGGUAAUAUUUGGUUAUUUAUCGCGGCCUUUGUGGUUCAAGCAGGCGAGCAGAUUUGGUUCCUUAGCUGACUACCCGUUUUCUUUCGCCCAUUUCGUGAUUCCAAACGCGGCACGGGGUUACCGAAACUGGGACGCACAACAGCCGAAUUUUAUCGGAAAGAAGAAUAGUGCCGCAAUAGAAUACGCAUCUGAAUCUGGAUAAUUUUGUUUUUAUUCUCAAACUGCGGAGAUUUCUUACUGAAAUUCCCCCGGAAUCGGCUCCUCAUCACGUGAAAACGAACACAAGCCUUGUGCGACGCGACAUCCAGUCAGUAUUCCACCAUGCUGGUAAAAAUGGAAUUCGCCAGAAAGCCUGCACCAGCUCCUUGGCUUGCUGAGGCAGAAUGAUGGGAGUUACUCCGUAGUCCAGUGGCCAGAAUGUUUGACCUCCCUCCUAUGAAGUGCCCAGGUCUGGCCUUGCAGGUUUCUGGUCUGGCAGCAACUCUGAUCUACAUUGAUACUGGCUGUCCUCUGGCGUAACGGUAGGUGGGUGGCGUGGAGCUGGCCUCAGCACCGGGAGAGGCCCCCUCGCCCGCCCCCUCUGAGCGCUGCAUGGCUGCGAUGGCGCCCGCUCUAACCGACGCUCCGGCCGAAGCUCACCGCAUCCGCUUCAAACUGGCUCCGCCCUCCUCCACCCUGUCCCCCAGCAGCGUGGAGGGCAACGGCGGUACCAGCCACAUUCUCGUCUCCAGUAACGGCACAGUCAAGCGCAAGACGCCGGAAGAACACGCCUCCUGCAAGAGGGAGGACCCUGCUUGUGUGGAAGCCACGCCCACGCCCCUGGGCAAGCGCCAGCCGCUCGUGACCUCGUACCUGUGCUCGGAUGUGACGUCCGUUCCCUCGCCUAAGGAGUCCCUCAGACUACAAGGCGUCCUGCUGCAGACCCACGGUUUCUUACCACGCAAGCAUCAGACCCUGGAGCAGUUCAAGAGCAUCAUGAGUGUGGGCAGCGUUAGCGGGCCGUGCCCAUCACCCUCUUUGCAGGGCACCCCAGUUAAUGGCAUGGCCAAGAAAUUGACCAAACCAGGCCCAGACAGAGACAAUAUCGUGACGUUGAACGGAGGCAAGCAUGCCGGGCAGGACUCACUUCACCAGGCUCACGCCGUCACCUCCCAUGGGAACUUAAUGGGAAACGGCCCUCUUAGAGAUGGCAUCGAGCAGCACCGCUGUCCAAGGGGUGUGUCUCAGGACUGCUCUAAUAGCCAAGAGCCCCCCACUUCCUUUCCUAUGCCCAGUGCACCCUCGGAGCUGGACGAGGAGAAACCUUCAGAAAGAUUGCCUUUGCUUAGCAAGGACCCCUUGGCUUCUCCCCCAGCCACGUCCCAGUACCCACUAGACAGCGUGGGAGUGGAGCUGCGCGACCGCGCCCAACAGAGUCAGAGUCGGCAGGGCGAGAUCGAGGGCCGCCUCCGACGACUGCGCAAGAGGCUGCAGGUGGUGCAGGCCAAACAGGUGGAGCGGCACGUACAGCAGCAGCUUGGCGGGCUUCUCAACAGCACACUGGGGCCGCAGGACGGCUCAUGGCCACGGGGGUGCUACGGCGCCGACGCCCUGGCGCUCCAGGAGAAGGACCGGCUGGGCCGCUUCCUGAAGGGUGGCACGGUGCCAGCCGAGCUGGAGCGUCUUGCGCUCUGCUGCACUACCAACCUGAGGUCCGCCGAGGGUGCUUUCGAUUCGGACGCUACCGAAAGCAGCUCCGGGGGAGAGACAGACGUGGAAGAAGAUGAGCUCACCAGGGUGGACAUUGAGCAACGCCACAUUCCCCUCUGGAGGAGAGCCGAGGGCCGUUAUGCUGUAGAUCGCGCUGCCAUCAUCAGUCACUGGAACUGGCUGCAGGCCCAUGUGUCUGACCUAGAGUACCGAAUUCGCCAACAGACAGACAUCUACCGCCAGAUCCGUGCUAACAAGGGCCAUGUUGUGCUGGGGGAGAGCUCAGUGUGUGAGGCAGCAGUAGAAGAGGGAGCCGCAUCAAAAACUGGGACCAUCAGCUUCCCUGCCCUGCAGGUGCAUGAUGCUGCUGGGACAGAAGGAUGUGUGUUGUCCCAUGAGAUCUCCAUGGAUACGAGCCUGAGGAAAGGCUUCCGACCUGUCCGGCAGGUUAAUGGCGUCAUCAACAGUUUGCGAGCCGGUUCCUCAGACAGCCCAACCCCAGAGGAGCAUCUCUCCUCCGUCCCUGCACCUCCCUCAACCCCAGGCAGCAGCUGUGUGGCAGCACGCACUCGGCCACUUCUCUCCUGCAAGAGACGCCGCCUACUCCAGCCCUGCUCCAUAACCAACCUCAACCGCAAGGCUCAGAAACUGGGUGGGCCCCGGUCUGGCUGUGAAGUCAAUGGUCAGUGUGUGAUGUGCUGUGGGCGUUCUCUGGCUCCUGCAGCAGAUGCUCAAUACCAGCUCCCUCUGCUGGACAGACUGGCACAGUUUGACCCAUGUGUGCACCCCAUUCUCUCCUUUGCUGAUGAUGUGGGAAUGAGUCUGCACUUGCAGCGUGUGUUGAAGUGUCACUGGCAGAGCCGUCCGCUGGAGCAGAUCAAACCCAUCAAGAAGCUCUCGCUCAAACACAGGCUCUCCCUGAGUAGCCGUCUCCCUGAUUCUUCAUCGUCCUCUUCCUCCAAAGAGAAGCAUAAACUGGCUAAUUCACUCCUCUCCACAGUCCGGUUGUCGCAUCACAAGGUUUGGUCAGAUAAACUGCUCCGUCAGCAGCUUCCCCAGAAUGAUGGAGAAUCGCGUCAGCAUUGCCGUCCUGAGCGCAGCAGCCACAGCAUUUAUGACAAGAGUCACAGCCGCAAGAGACCCCGCGAGCGCUCGCUCGACCGUGCUGACAAUGCUCUGAAGGUGUACGUGGAGGCGAGCAGCCCGAGCCCGUCCCUGCCCAGCUUCAACAAUCCCAGCCACAGUCCACUGGUCAGACAGCUCUCCUCCUUCGAGAGCCCCACGCCCUGCAGCUUCAACAAUACCACCCCGCAGCCAAUUCGCAGAAGAAGAGGAGAGAGUUCAUUUGACAUCAACAACAUCGUCAUCCCCAUGUCUGUGGCAGCCACCACCAGAGUGGAGAAACUGCAGUAUAAAGAGAUCAUUACGCCAAGUUGGAGAGAGGUUGACAUCAUUGCAAAAAAGAUCUCUGAAGAGGAUGACUCUGUGGAAAUUGAGGAUCUCUCUGAUGCAGUGUUUGCCCAGUUGCACCUCCCAUAUGAAGAGCAGGAGCGCUCGCGCUGGAGUUGGACAGCCAGUGCUGUUGCUAAGAGGAGGGGAAGUCGGUCGUACAAGUCUGUGGAUGGGCGGACCACCCCGCUGCUGGGUGGCACCAACCCCUCCACGCCACAGCCCUCCUCCCCAGACACUGCACACUUCCACCUGCUGCAGGACUACAGCUCUGCGGCCUCGCCCUCCAGCCCUGUGAGCCCAGAGCUACUCAUGCUCCCUGGCCUGCACACCCCUGCUCCUAGAGACUCUCACCGUCUGCUGUCCAAUGAGGACACCCGCUGCUCCACCCCAGACACCGUCUAUGAUGAGAUGGUUCUGCAGCCAGUGCAGCCAUGGGAGAGGAGGUACUUCCCCCUGGUUGUGGACCCAGUGCUGGAGCAGGAGGACCAGAGCAGCCCUGCUAGUGAGCGCCCCUGCCGAGCCAUGCGACGCGUCUCCGGCUGCAAGACUGGCUCGUCCAAGUCCGAGUCAGAUGCUGGUCCUCCUUCACCCCUUGCUGAAGACAGCAGCAAGCAGAAAGCCACCCCACACAAACAUGCUCAGCGAUGAAGACUGGACAAAGGAAACAAACAAAAACUAUUUGGCUUAACUCAGACUCCCACCUCCACCAGCUUUCAUAAACACAAGAAGUACAUCAUCAAAAAAUUAUAUAAAAUAUAUAUAUACACACACAAAAUAGAAUAAAUUCCUGUUGUUUGAUAUUCAAACAUCAGUUACUACUUUCACAGUUUUUAGUGAAUUGUAUGGAUAUGUAGAGACCUCCUUUGUUUUGUUUUUGGUUUCUUUUGUUUGUUUGGUUUUUUUUUUCUUCUUUUUUUUUUUUACCCCCACAGGAAAUAAACACGUGGUAGGUGGUGGAGGAGUGUUUAAAAAAGCGAUUUAACCACAGUGGAAAGCAGAGACUCCUUGUCCUGAAUCACUCAUGCGCACUUGUCUAGCACAAACUGAAGCGAUUGUACUGGUUGUAUUUAAACCACCAGGUCCCUAUUAUAUUGACAUAGUUGCACCCCCACUGAGUAACUCAACUUCACGGGGAGUAAAACACGCACACACAAGACAAGGCCAUGCCUUUCCCCUUUGUUUAUCAUUGUUUAGCACUUCAUUACGUUCUCUUCCCUACCGUAAAUCAUUAUUUUAUCAAUUUAUCAUCUCUAAUAUAUGGGGCCAGCUUUAUAGUUCAUUAAUAGUUAUCCUGAUGUUACGUUGCUAAUUUCUUUCCUUCCACAUUGUUGGGUGCUUGUGAAGUUUCAGUAGCCACUCUUAAUUUGUUGGCGCUGGUGCCCUAUUCCUGUGUGCAUCUACAGUUUUGUGUUCUUUCAGGGGCAGCCAUGUUUUAUGUAACCAUAAUUAUCAGGUCUUGCAAAACUGAUCCCAGAUGAGCACACUGACCUGUUUGAAUCACAGGCAGUAAGGAUUAUUUAACUGCUUCUUCCCACUUCAUGCGUUCUCUACAUGAGAGAGAGAGAGAGAGAGGGUUAAGCACUUAUGUUGCUCGUUUUGUAAACCUUCUGCCUUGAAAUAUGGGGGGGGGGGGGGGUCAAAGAUCAUUGCUUAGCUUAACUUGCUUUUGUCUAAACUUGCACUCUGCUUAGCACUGUUCUGUUCAUCAUUCCACAAAAUUUGAGUUAAGCUCUUGGAGCACUUAAACUGGAAUCAUGUUUAAGUUGGAUAAUGAUGCCACUGAUAUUGUAGAGAUGAAGGGGAAAUUCUCUCUCUUCUUGUCAAGUCCCCCUCCUUUUCUUAUAUAUUAUUGGCCAUCAAGGAUGUCCAGUGUUUCCUGCCCCUCUCAUUAGAGUUGCAGCUUGUUCCUCUGGGCCAUAGCUGAUGAAGCGUCGUGUGCAGUCCAGCAGCAGGAGUUGUCUCCUACGCUCAGCGUUGCCACGCUGCCUUUGAUGUGGGCUGUUCUGGAGGACAGGCGCAACUCAUCCAGGCCUGACCAUCUCACGUCAUCCUCACCACCUCUCUUGAUUUUAGUGAACACUACCAAGUCAGCUAGUAAGCAAGAAUGCCAUGACUAGGGUGUUGUGGGGUUUUUUUUUUUUCUUUUCAAAUUUCACUUUCUCACCUGGUCAGCUCUGUCUGACUUGGGCUUAUAUGGCUUCUGUUUAAAUUCCAGCCACUGGACAGCUCAGUCUGACUCGAGUACGAGAAGAUAAUGUGCAUGCGUGAAGCCAUCUGGGGACAUAAUCGGAGGAGUUGUGAGGGGGUCACUGUCUACACAAUAUUAUGGAUAUUGUAAAUCCGGCGUGUCAAUUCUUUUUUCCCCCCCUUCUGUUUCAUUAUCCAAGUGUCACAUUAGAAUCCAUUAGUUGAGAGGUGGAAUAUGUACAGUGUGCUGGCGAUGUAAACAGACUAUCUACUACUGCAUUUUUAUUGAGUUUUCCCCUGGUCAGUUCCCAAAUAUCAUUGAUGGUCUGUUUGUGUGCUUGGGGUUCUGUACACCCACCAGGCAGACUUGAUGUGUAUUAGUUUGAUUAGGUUUCAGAAGCCAAUAUUGUAUUGUGUGGGUUAUUUUCAUACUAUGAAUUUCCAGUGUGGUGAAUGGGGGUUUGGCGAGUCUGGUAUAUCCUUUAGCAUGUAAUAGUUUGUACAAAAGAGUAUAUUUUGUAAAUACAUUGUUUGAUUCUUUACUGUGUUUGUUGUUGAGGCUGUAGCUGUCCUGAUUGUAUAGGGAGAAGACACGUACAAAAAUAUUUAACACUUUUUCUUUACACAGAGGCAAAAUAAUUAAAAAAAAAUUAAAAUAUAAAAAAAGGAAAAAAAAGUGUAUGAAUAAUUGGCCAAUCUGACAGGCAGCAUUUGUGCUUCUCAAAAUUAAAAGUGAAUUAUAUUGUA